GCUACAUAUUCUAAAAUGCAAGACAUGGGUUCUUCUUAGCCACUCUUGUCAUCUCCCCUGAAUUCCUGGUGGACUUUGUUGCCCUCUAAAUCUUGGUGUGACGGUAAGGCCGGUGAUUCUGUUUCCAGCUACUCCCUUCGUAUGAAAUUUCUCAUGGGUUGAGUUGCUUAAAGCCUAAAGGAGAUUCAUAAGUUUUUGAAGAGUCUGAGAACAAACAAAAAAACCCUCUUUCUUGGGGACAUUGUCAUUUGGCGUAAUUGCAAAUAUUUCUACAUGAUGAAGGUUUCUGGGUUUUGGGUUUUGGUUUUGCUGCUUGGAACAGUUCUAGUACUAGUCCUUGAUGUCUCUAGCAGCAGAAAUGGCUACUCUUAUCCAGAUUUUGUCUUCAACCACCCUGAUGUGGGGCCAAAAAGGAUAGCUAUAAGUAGGAAGCUCAAGGAGAAUGGCUACACUCCGAGCACACAGAAGAAAGGCAAUGUGAGAAAUGUGAAUCUGGAUGACUAUCACCCCAUUGAUCCUUCUCCAAGUUCAAAAGCUUCCAUAAAGCCGGGUCCGAUUGAGCACGGCACGCCUAUAAUCCCAUACAUUCCAAAGCCUUUACCUCCUGCUCAUCCCAGUCCUGGUGCCAUUUCUUAGCCACCUCAUGACAUGUUCCUCUAUUGUGUCUGUUCAUGCUAGAAAUCUUUAUGUUAAUUUCAACUUAGUAGUUGUUAUCAUAAGAAAUGUUGUGUAUAAUGUUCAUGCAACAAUUCAGACUUCUGUGCAUGCCCUGUACUUGUUUGCGUUUUGUCAUCAUAUGAAGUUCUUGUGUC